AGGGGCAGUCACAGCUUCUCUGGGCAACCUGUGCCACGGCCUCACCAGUCUCACAGUAAAUAUUUUCUUCCUAGUACGAGACACUGGUAUGAAACCCUUCAAAGUGAAUGAAUUGCUGGUUUGUAGGCUUUUUGCUUUUUUAAGACAUGCACUUGAGAGCUGCCCAGGCAAGAUUCAUUUUUGUCCUUACCCCUCUUUGGAAUAGGUUGUGUGCAUUCCAUUAAACAGAUCCCAGGAACAGGGAACAUGGGCAUUAUGUUCUGGAUGGUGGAAAACACUUGGGCUAAGAUCCUGUGGAGGAUAGCAAGAAGGUGUAGGUCACUUUCAAAGUAUGCUAAAUAUCUCAUUUAUUUUUUUUUUAAACUAAAAAAAUCCUUUCUUAGCUUUUACAAAAAACGUGCACAUAUAGUUAGUUUCUAAUUUCAUUCUCAAGUGUGCUCUUGCACAAAGUUUCACUGUAGAUUGUUUGAUGAGGAGAAUUGUAGCAGCUAUGGCUUAGGAUAGCCACAGAUCUUGCUGUUCUCCCUACUGUGAGUACACUCAGGUUGUUCCCUGUCCUCUAUGGGAUGUCAUCUGUUUAUGGCCCGCCUGUGCUAUGGGGUUAUAUCCCUUUAGCUAUAUUUGUAUGUGUGGUUGAAGUGAGAUGGCUUCUGCAGCUGGAUGGCGUCCUGGUCAGUCCCUGUUAGCUGUAUGUGUGAGUUUUAUGGAUUACACUGAACGGGGACACAAAUUGUUGUGAUUGUAUCAGAAAUCCAUCCUUACAUGUAUUUCCAGACAGUGUCAUUGCUACACUGUCUAGAACAGCAAGUGGUUUUGAGUGCGUUUUCUGUCACAUAAAAUUGCAGAUUUAUCCUUUUCCGAGUCUGUGUGUAGCCACAUAUAGAAUCAUUGCAUUCAAGUUUUCAAACAUUUCUGGGGGAAAAAAAAUCCCCCAAACAAUUCACAUAGUCUAUUCAAAAUAAUUCUAAUUAUUUUUUUCAUAUAUGUUCUAUCUUCAGUUUAUUUUGUAAACUGUACAGUAUAUUUUUACUCUUGACUGUCACUGCUUGACAUAUUUUCCUGUUAUCUCAUAAUUAAGGUAUCCCCAGGAAAACUUCAGUGUAGGUUUCACUGUGUUUUCUUUACAUAAUCUCCAGUUCAGUGGUGAAAGGCAGAGCUCAGUGUGCUUCAGUCACAGGGUGAAGAUGAGAAGUGUAGGAACUGUUGUGCUGCACUGGGAUUUUGGAGGCUCAGAUCAUUUCUCAUUGGUCUCCUCAGUGGGUUUGGGCCAUGCAUUUUUUUUUUUUUAAUCUGUGCUUGUGUGUAUUGCUGGGCUGAAAUUUUUCUUGUUACCAUUUCCCAUGUGCUGAUAGAAAACCCAAGAAUUCUUCACAUUUUGAGUCCAUUGUUGUUGUUUUUAGGGUUGGUGGAGAUUUUAUUUUGUAUUUGGAAAUUUCACUUUGGCAUGUAAAAAGUCAAGCUGGGAUUAAGUAAUUUAUAGCCUUGAUUUGUACUCUUAAUACAAUUUGGAAUAUCUGGGUUAAAUAAAAAUAACAUUUUAAAGCUAAGUCCCUGCAGUCUUCCAUGAUAGGACUGAAAGGAGUUUAGAAUGAAUGAAAUAUAAAUUUAAAUUUAUUUUAAAUGCUUUAGUCUUAUAAAAUGGAUAGUCUUCUACAAGCUGUAAUUUCUUCUUCAGAAUUUUGCUUUCCAACUGUAUUUUUCUGUGUUGUAAAUGCAGUGCUCUAAUAAAGCCCUGAUAAUUCUGAUUGCUACCACAGCAAGUUUAGAAGUGUUCAGGAGCAGUUCAAUUUCCUGGAAAAGAGUAACUCUUUGGUGAAAUUAAGCCGUGUAUUAGUGGCCGAGGGUGAACGAUCACAGAACCACCACUGUGGCAGUGGAACUGCCUGUUUUAAUGGCCAUGUUAAUGUCCUGAAUGAAGCAGUCCAAAUUGUAUUUCAGAAUAUUAUGUCGUGGUCUGGGAGCCAAAUGUUGCCUCUGCAAAACUGGCACAUCUGUGAAAGCUUACAGUAAAGCAGAUUAGUAUUUUUAUUUUGGUGUAAGUAAGACCAAAUGCAAUUUUUUGUGUGAAAUUAAAAAUGUUGCAAAUGUUACUUCUCUCUCUCUCUCUUGCAGCAGCAGCAGCUGGUUACUUCAGUCUCACUUGUUCAAAGAGUCUAUAGGUUUAAAAAUGAGAAGUCUCAGAGGGAUUUAUUUUGCCACAGCUCAGUGCUGUACAAAAUGUAAAACAACUUACUGCUCUUCUAAGCAAGAGGAUGCCAAGAGCAAGGAGAAAAAGCUGCUGAUGGAGUUCUUUCAUUUGCUUACUUGGUGCCAGAUGUUGCCAAAAUCUUGUACCCAGCCCAUUCUAGAUCUCCCCAAGGGAACUGAACACUAAAAUAUUCACACCUGUAGCGGGUUCUUCACUUUGUUCACUGAGGCGGUUUCAUACCAGACCUGUGGAACACGGGACUCAUGAGGUGGAACUGGGGGUGGGGUAGAAAGUGAAAUAAUGGCACCACGGAUCUGGAAAUGCCAAUUUUGUUGUUAUGGAGCUGUGACACAUUUUUAUGAAGUCGGUGAGGGGCAGUAACUUGGUUCCCCUGCCAGCAGCAAGGGGAUACCACGUCAUGUAUGGCACUGAGAGGCAAAAGUUGGUGUUAGAAAGGGAAUUAAAACUUAGGUCUUGUUCUCGCAUGGUUGGUUCCUAUCCUUCACAGGAACACAUUGUUUGGGGUUUGAUGUGGCAGCUGCUCCAGGCCAUGGUGUUCUCAUUUUUGAGUACCUAGGUGUACAAAAGAGGUAUUUGCUAUUAAACCUGAGGGCCAUUUAAGUACACAGAGAGUCAAAAGGUGAUUUUUGAAAAUGGGAGUUGAGUGUGAUAAUCACUGACUGUCCCUUACCCUGCUGUGCCCAGAGAUCUGCAGCUCUCUCUUCUGCAGCUGAUGGGAAAUUCAGGCAAAAAAGUAGAAUAUGGCAGCUGACUUCUGGUUACUGAAAUAGGGAUCCAUUUCUUUUAAACCUCCAAAUUCCAAUAUAUCUUAUUGGUGAGCUUUUGGAAUUGCCUGUGUUUUUUCUUGAGGGCAGAAGAAGCUAGGAAGUGUGGCUAUACUUCACAUCCUGCUUGGUUUUUUACGACUUACAUAGCAAACAAAGCAAAGGGAAAAGGAUAUUAUCAUAUUUACUGAAAAAUAAAGUCCAAGCCUUUUAUAUUCCAAGGAAACAGAGGCAAUUAGAGAACAGAAAUUGCAGCUUUAUACAUGUUUAACGUGCCUAGAGAACGGGGGAAUGAAAAUGUGUGUGCUGUGUUGUACGUUUUUGUAACUAAAGAACUUCUGGGUUAGUUUGUGAUCGCUUAAUUUCGGUGUUCUAGCCCAGUUUUCUGCAUUCUAGGCCAUAUUAGCAGCAAUAUCAGAAAGAAGAUUACCUGGUUAUCUUUAUUAUUAUUUUGAGGGGUUUAUGUAGUUUAGUUGUUAGUCCUGCUGAAAUUUGCCAUGAUGAAUAUGUUUGAGCAGGGUUAGUCUGCCAACUUUAAAAUGAAUCAGCAUCUUGAAAAUGACUCUAAGAGAAGGUAAAUGUCUUAAUUUAAAAGAAGGGGGGGAUUCUUCUUAUUUAAGAGCAUAUCAGCAGUUGAGUUGUGGAUUUUAGUGUUGCAGAGGGGAAAGGAGCAUAAGCAUUCACAUGGAGCAUAUGGCUGUUCCUUGAGAAACUUCAACAGACCAUGAGCUCUUGGAAAACAAGGCUUAUAUAUGUUUCUGGGCAAAUAUUUAUUAACUAAAUUAUCUGAAUAUUCCAUGUGACAUGAGUAUCUUCCUGUCUGUUGGUCCUUGCAUGUCACCUGACUGUGCAGUCAUCACCUGGACCAAGUAGUUCAGCAUGAUGCAGCUCACAGCAGUAGGUGAUGGGAAGUAGGAGAGCAACCUGAGGAUUUCCUUCCAGAAUUCCAAGAGCUACCUUGGGCAGGAUACCUGGCAUAUUGAGGUUUCUGUCUUCACAUUGUACAUCAGUGGGAUCUCUCUGCUGGAACAAGAUAAUGUCUUCUUCAACUCAUUGAAGGAAAGGGAGUAUUUGUUCACACUUAUGAUGAUUUGACAUAAUUAAUGUCUUAAUAACCAUGAUGGCAACACAGACAUUAAGUAUAGACAACUAUCAAGAUGGACAACAGAUGCAAGUGGUAACAGAGUUAAAAACUGAACAAGAUCCCAACUGCUCUGAAACUGAUGCCGAAGGGGUGAGUCCUGCCCCUGUAGAAUCUCAGACUCCAAUGGAUGCAGACAAGCAGGCCAUUUACAGGCACCCACUAUUUCCCUUGUUAGCACUAUUAUUUGAAAAAUGUGAACAAUCUACACAAGGCUCAGAAGGCACAACUUCUGCCAGCUUUGAUGUAGAUAUCGAAAACUUUGUAAGGAAGCAGGAGAAAGAAGGAAAACCUUUUUUCUGUGAAGAUCCAGAAACGGAUAAUUUGAUGGUUAAAGCAAUCCAAGUUCUACGUAUCCAUCUGCUCGAGCUAGAAAAGGUUAAUGAACUCUGCAAGGAUUUCUGUAGUCGUUACAUUGCCUGCCUGAAGACAAAAAUGAACAGUGAAACUCUACUAAGUGGAGAGCCUGGAAGUCCUUAUUCACCUGUGCAAUCUCAGCAAAUUCCAAGUGCCAUUGCAGGCACACUCAGUCCCCAAGGGAUCAUGGUGCCAGCAUCAGCAUUGCAGCAGGGAAAUGUAACUAUGGCAACAGUAGCAGGGGGGACAGUGUAUCAGCCAGUCACUGUGGUCACUCCACAAGGACAAGUGGUGACACAGGCACUGUCACCUGGGACUAUUCGGAUCCAGAACUCGCAGCUCCAGUUGCAAUUAAACCAAGAUCUAGGCAUCUUGCAUCAAGAUGAUGGCUCAUCCAAAAAUAAGAGAGGAGUUCUUCCCAAGCACGCUACAAAUGUGAUGAGAUCUUGGCUCUUUCAGCACAUAGGGCAUCCGUAUCCAACAGAGGAUGAGAAGAAGCAGAUUGCAGCACAAACAAAUCUGACACUACUCCAGGUUAACAAUUGGUUUAUCAAUGCUAGAAGGCGAAUUCUUCAGCCAAUGCUGGAUUCCAGUUGUUCUGAAACUCCAAAAACAAAGAAGAAAACAGCCCAGAACCGACCAGUCCAGAGGUUCUGGCCUGACUCCAUUGCCUCAGGAGUUGCUCAGCAGCAAUCGAACGAGCUCACGAUGUCAGACGGUGCUGUCGUGACCAUCACAGCUCCAGUCAACAUGAAUGUAGACAGUCUGCAGUCCUUGUCAUCCGAUGGUGCUACCCUGGCUGUGCAGCAGGUGAUGAUGGCAGGCCAGAGCGAGGAUGAGUCUGUGGACAGCGGUGAGGAUGACGGAGGAGACCUCUCGACAACAAAUAUCAGUGGGCUGGUCUUGGAUAACAGCGAUUCUCUGCAGUAGGAAGCAAGAGUGUGGAGAAAAACACUUAGGAAAAAGAAUGGACUGACUGACUGACUUUUUAUAGUUUGCACAGCAAACAUUUUACACAAGUUUUAUUUCUAAUAUGUUUUAUAUGUAGAUAUAGAAGGGUGCACUUUUUUGUAUUUCAUAGUAAGCUUAAAGAGUGUUUUUGCAGGUGCAGCAACUUCUUUCAAAUGUGGGGUUUUUUUGUUUGUUUCUUUUCCUUUCCUUAUUUCAGAAAAUUAUAUCUAGUAAUAUAAAGAACCACGUAAGCACCCCUUUGUUCUCUGAAUUGGAAGUGCUGCAGUUUCUGAUGAAUUAUGCAGUUUCAAUUAGUGCUGUUAUUUAACACAGCUUUUGAUGGGCAGGUGAUGUAAAUUUAAAGCAUGUGACACUAGUGUGUGGAACUUGAUUAUUGAGUUAGAUGCAUAUAUUUGAAAGAUGCUUCUGCACCUUAAAAACUGCUAGUCUGAGGUGGACAGCAACACACAUAAAAAGAAACUGUUGAUGUGUGAUUCAGUAGAGAAUGUAUGGCAGUUUAAAUAAGUUUAGUUUCUCUCAUAGUCCGUGAGCCUGUUUAUCAUUUGCUAUAAAAACUCCUAUUUUUACCUUGCUGGGGUUAUUGGAUAAAAAAAAUAUUUUUAUAAAUUCACUAGAAAUUGGGAUGACAACUGUAUUAAGCAGGAGGAAAAAAAAAAAAAAAAAAGAAUUUCCAGAGGGGAAAAAUAAAUGUUUAGUAUUCCUAUUUGGAAGGUCUGAAAAUUGACCCAAUUUAAUAAACAAGCCUACAGUAGCAUUCUAUGAUUCUCAGCUAUCCCACAGUGAUAUACUAUAUUUGAUAAUAGCAUAAGAAGGGCCCACUGUUUGAUGGGAUUUUGAUAUUGUCAAACAUUGAUUUAUAUUAUGUGUAAACUAAUAUUCAAAUUGCAUAACUCUGUAUCUAGACUUGUAUCUGAAAAUAUUUGCUAAAUGAGUAUUCAGGUAAGUAAGUUCAAAUACCCACAACUUUUCCAAUUAUUAGAGAAAUUUAACCAUUUAUAGUUUGUACAACUGACUCUAAAAAAAUGAAAAGUUGCCUACUAUACAGUCAUGAAUUCUGCUAUUUUAUUCCAUUUGAAAUAUCUUCCCCUAAUACAAAAAGAAAAAUAUAACAUGGAUUUAUAUAAAAUUUCUUCGGAUCUGAAGUUUACUACCAGAAUAUACAGCAGGCUUUGUUAGAGUAGGAAAUCCUUGUGUGUCAUUUAAAAAACGAAGAGCUGGUGAUUAAAACAGCUGGGUUUUGGUUUGGUUUUGGGGGUGUUUUUUUUGUUGUGGUAACAGUUCAUUUCUUUUAUUUUCCCAAAGUUUGAAGUCUGUGAUUGUCUAUCCAUGAACACUUGCUUUUGGAACUUUGUAUUUCCCGUUGUUGAGUACGAAUAAGAGACUCGAGAGCCUCAUGGUAUGAUCAACACCCUCGUUUGUCCCUGUCCAUUUGUCACAGUGCCAGGACUUCCCUCUGAUUUAGACCAAGUCUGGGUGUGUUUCUAACAUGACAGGGAGAAAGGUGGUAGCUUUUAGACUCUUUAGACACUGUAUUUGAACAAAGCCCUUUGGCAGAUGCAAAUAUUGAAUUGAAUACUUAAUUUCUGCUUCUCAGAACACUCAGGCACGUGCUUAGGUCCCCUUGAUUUCAGGAGGAUGAUGGAAUGUAAAGCUGGUCGUGGCAGAUUGUCUUCCAAGGCAAGGUUGAGGUGGUAGGAAGAAAAACUUCAGGAAGAAAUGUCAGUGGCAUUGCCAUCCAUACAUGGAGAAUAACAGGAGUUUCAGUGACUGGUAGAUAUUUUUUUUUAAUGGUUUUUACUCAACACAAGAGGUGUUUCUGCUGAAACACCUGGCUGAGCAUCUUCCUUAGUUCAAGUGCUGUAAUGAGACUGGUGAUUUCUAAAGAAUUUGUUUUCUUCUGACUUCUCUGCUUUGCCACUAAUGAGCCAUGUUUGUUAAACAGCACAGGAAAUGAAUAAUGAAAGGUUUAAUUAGGAAGGCUUUGACAUAGCAUAACUUUCUCAAAGACUGUUGUCAAAUCCAGUUUGAUCCCAAAACACUUCAAAAGACAAGCCAUGUACAAAUCCUGCUCCUUUGGAAACAUUCAGCCUACUGCCCCUACAAAAGAUAGCUUGGAUUACUGGAACUCAGAGUUUCUGAGUAUUUUUGUUUUUAAAUACAGAUUCUGUAUUUUUGUUUUUAAUUGUUUUUAACUCCCAGAGUGCUUCAUCACCCCCACAGUUUCCAUUCUGUAGCAGGUUGUAUUUGUUGGUUUGUUUGGGGGUUUUAUUGGAAACUCAAUUGGACAACCAGGCCUCAGGGUUUGCAAACUUCUGAAAGUUUAUUUUUCAGAAAGAAGCCAUUUUCUAGUUAGCUUUUUUUUAAAAAAUUAUUAUUCCCCCCACCUCACAUGCAGCAGAAGUUUUAUUCUUUCAAAACAUUUGUGACCUUGUCUUCAGCUACUUUAUCAAUACCUGGAGACUGAAGUUGACAGAGUUUACUACGAAAGGGGAAUAUGGAAUAGCUUCACUGUCAGAUUAGAAACAUAAAAAAAAAUAUAGGGAUGUGAAUUCCUAAUACUGAAAAGCCUUCACCAUUAUAAAAGUAUUGCUUAACAUAUGAAAUGCAAACCUUUUCUUUCAAUUUAGUGAGAAAUCUGUAGUGGGUGUGAACUGCAGGGAAGUGCUUGUUCUUUUCAUGAUUUAAAAGAAGAAAAAACAAGUAGAGUCCUUCAUUUUUUUUUUUUUCUUGUGUAAGAAAGAUUGCUGCUUUCAGCAAAGCUUCACCAUUCAGGAAAGGUACAUGUUUACAUGAGUUAAAAAGUCUUUAUAGGGGACCUAACUUCAAGUCCAUGUAUUAUUCCCUCCCUGCCCCCAAUUAAAGUAAUAUUCAUAUGCAAUAGAACUAAUUUGUUUUUUGAAUCAAUGUGAUUCUUCUGCAAAUACAAUUAUUGAAACUUUUAAUUUCUUUUUUUUCAAUCUAACCCAAAACAGGGUUCUCAGUCCAAUUUUUUCAAUAUUCCUGGAACAGGCAAGGCAAUUUUCUGUUGUUUUUUUUUUUAAACUUUGGAAGCAUUGCAAUUCAGGAAAUCAAUUCCAAAACAAUCCAGAUAAGUUUCUGAAUGACUGUUACAAAGAAAAAAUCAUGUUGGAAAAUACUCAGAAUCAACUCUGGCUCUGCAGAAACUUUUCUACUUCUGGAUAUUGUGUCACAGAGGAGUCCUGCUGACCUCAGGGUAGCUCCAUAUGGAUCCAUAUCAGGUUGCAUUUACCUUUUUCUGGUACCUGAUCUCUGUCAGGAACCUUUUGGGGAGCCCUCCAGCUCUACCUUGCCUGCAUAUCUGGGUCUUCUUCCAGUGGAAACCUGGCUAUGGAUGAAGGGCUUGGCAGGGCAGGAUUUCAUGUUGACCUGGGGUACAACAAAUUUUUUUUUUGAUGUUCAAAAUUUGGCCAGAAGGCAGACCCACAGUGAGGAAUUGUAGUUCCCAGUUCCUGUGCUUCCAAAGUGGCUUUAGGUGUAUGGAAAUUCGAGUGGAGUAGGAGCACACGUGGCUCAAACCCCUGCUCCUGGCUUGAGAUUGGCUCAGAUGGUCAGAGCACAAUGCCAGCGACACUGAGGGCACAGCUUUGAUCCCCUUGUGGGCCAUUCACUGGAGAGUUGGACUCCUUGUGGGUCCCUUCCAACUCAGAGUGUUCUGUGAAAUCUGUGAAAUAAUACAUGGAAUUGUUUCUGGAAGAAUCAGUUCACCUUCCUGACUUUAGGAACUUGGCAGCCCACAGGAUGAAACAAAGCCUUUCCAAGGGAUGAGAGUUGCACUUAAACAAACAAAAAUCCAGAACACCCUGGUGUUUUGAAAAAUUGGAACACAUGCAUUUAAUUGUAAUUAAAGUUGAUUUAACAUUUUAUUUUCUGAAGCUGAGUCGUCUUGGGAGAAAAAAAAUGAAUAAGUAUUUGUCUAUGCAAGACACAAAUGUCAAAAAUGUGUGAAUUACCCAUUUUUAGGUACUGUAUUGUUAUUGUCUUUCUGACUUCUGUUCCUUUGAUUAGUCUCUUCAACAUUUUAGCCUCACAUUUGGCUUAGAGUUGAAUAGGCAAAAUGUAGUUUUGAAAUCCUGUUGGAAAUGUAACUAACCUUCGUUCCCUCAUGAAAAUCUCGCAUGUUAAACAAUUAAGUGAAAUGUUUUGGUUUCCUAAUAAUAAAUUCAAACUCUCACCACCUCCUGAAAACAGCA